AUGAAUCUUCCAUUCCGCAGCGGGCGACGAGCUCCUCUGGCCGAAUUUGAGUCAUCGGUGGUCGAAAACUCACCGGCCGUCGAAAAUAAUCCGUUGAUAUUGGAAAAAUGGAACAGUAGUCCGCGAGGAACCAAAAGGUAUUCGGCGCACACAAACGUGUUCUCCGAGCCGAUCGUGGAGGAGAGCGACGGUAACGCCAACGUCUGCCCGCCGGCCGACUUCACCACUCCCGUCCUCUCCAAUGUGCCACGCAUGAUGUCACCUGCCCUGACCAGGCAUGAACCCGAUCGCGGACUCAUCGAUGACGAGAUAACGGAUCAGCCUAUGUUGAUCGGUGACACGUUCUCCCACUCGGAGUCGAUCGACUGCCUCUCGGCCGUGAGAAGAAUGGAGUUCGAGGCUGAAAUGGCUACUCUGAUUUCCAUCGACCGAUCACUAGCCGACGAUGACACCAUAUGCGCUGCCACGGUAUUCACUGCACCACCGCCCGCCUACUGUAGGGCUAUCAACGAAGGGUUGAACGAGGUGGAGGACAUCCGUGGCCAGCUCGAGAAGCUUCAACGCCUUGUCUUCCAGGAAAUGCGCGGUACGGAGAUGGAAAGACUGAUUCGCGAGAACGAGGCGCUUCGUCGUGAGUUGCACGAGAAGAAUGAGCUGAUCGCCAGUCUUCGUCUGCAGGUUGCCAGCCAACGGUCUUGA